CUCCUUUCACUCACCAACGAAUCAAGCUAGCUAGGUAAACCGCUGCGUCCAACGUGCAACGGACGAUGGCGGGGGAGCCGCGUGCAACGCAAGAUGAAGAAGCCGAGUUAGACGCGGCCUGGCGUGCAAGGCAAGAGUCGAUGGCGGCGCUGCAGAAGACGAUGAUGGAGAUGUUCGGGCCGGCGGCCGAGCUGCUGCGGCCGGACCAACAUCUCCUGCCCGAGCCGGCGGCGUUGAAGAAGACCCUCCAGGAUGUGCGCAAGGACCUGCCAACACCCGAGCCGUGGUGGCUGCCGGAGCAUCUCGCGGCGCGUGAGACCGCGCUGGCGGGGCAGGAAACCACGGCGGCGCUGUGCGAAGCCGUGGAGGCGCUGCACGGCGACCUCGACGCAGAUGGAUCAGUCGACGCGUGUCUUAUCGAACGCCUGGCCAAGGCGAUUCUGGCGGAGUACCAAGCCAGAGAGGCGGACUACGAAGCCCAGCAGGCGCUGCACCAAGCCCUCCGGGUGUUCAAGUAAACCUACUAGUAGUACUACCGCACUUUUGUUCAGUUUGCUGAUGACUGCCGGACUCGAUGGCAAGCCUGUUUGCAUCGAGCUACGUAUAGCGAGCAGGUUUGUUUGGAGUCCCUGCUGCUUGCUAUCAACGCGUCGUGAACCAGAGUCGUGGGAUGGCAUGACAACGUCCGGGUCACAGUAUACGGGCAAACCUUCAUUUGAAGGUUUUAGAGAUGACACAUACAUAUUUACUUGAAA